AUGGAGCGACGAAGCGACGAGUCCCAGACCUACGGGGCGCACAAGUGGGUUCUGAACAAGCUCAAGUUCGCCUACAAAGAGGAGUACAACGUGGACUACCUGCUAGACAAAAACGCAGAUGAAAGGAAGGAUGUAGUGGACACUUUUCUGGGCAAGGGGAAAAACGACUUGCUGCUCUUCGGGGUAGAAAACAACCAAAUGGUGGUAGCAAAAGAGGAAAACAUAAAAUUUGAUCAAAAAAUUGUUUACUUUUACAAAUGCCUAAGUGGAGAUCUGAAGGAUGAAAGGAACGUACUCUAUGGGAUGUUAUCUCCAAAUAUUUUAGACACCCUGAAGGUGAUGCUGAACAAGGUUAUUUACCCCCUCUUUUUGAAUAACAAAAUGAUACAUGCAAAGAUUUGCAUGGACGAAGUGAAAAAGUUUAGCAUGGAGUUUGACACGUAUGUGAAGGAGCUGAACGAAUUUAUUCUCAUUUUGGAGGAUAUUAAAAAGGUGAAAUUGAAGAUGAAGCAGGACCAGCAUGAGGGGAUUUGCGAGGGGGAAGGUGGCGAAGUGGGGGGGAGCGCAGUGGGGGGAAGCGGAGUGGUAGCAAGCGGAGUGGUAGCAAGCGGAGUGGGAGCAAGCGAACAUGGAGGUAACUCCCCCGGUCCUUCCCCCAAACAGCACAACAAAACAGGACGCGAAUCGGAAAAUAAAAUGCUGAAGAAGAAGAACGAAACGGCGCACUUGACCAAAUAUUUAAACAUUUUAGAAAACCUAUUCAAUGAUAUGCAAGAAAAGAUCCAAGAGUACAAAAAAUCAAAUGUAGACGUGGGGCCAUUCAUAGAGAUCCAGUACUGGAGGUACAAACACAGGUACCUACUCUUCAUUAUGGAAGAACUGAGAAGCAAGGAAAUUAAAAAUAUAAUAAAUAACAUAAAUAUAAAUAAUGCAAAUAGUGAAGAGCAGAAAUAUACCUACACAUUUGACAUACUAAACAAGUGGAGAGAAUUAGAAACCAAAAUUGAAAAUGAAUUCAAUGAGAGCAAGGACAACAUAAAAUAUUUGGAAAGCAUCGAGCAGUUCAUCCUAUCCCUUUAUCUCUGCAACGUAGAGAAUAUUAUUGAUAACCUUCCUUCUCUUUUGAAUUCCAUUAAGAUGAUUUAUCUCGUGGCUCGCUUUUACAAUACGCCCAAUAAGCUGAACAACCUGUUUAUUAAAAUCACCAACCAGCUGGUGAUUAAAUGCAAGGAGGAAAUAUUCUGCGCCAAAAAGAAGAAGCGCAAGAGGAGAGCGGUGAAUGGUAGACGAGCAGUGGGAAGCGAAUAUGGCGAUGCAAAAUCAGAUAAGAAUGUCGAAAACGGAGGUGGGGAGGAGGGGGACAAUUACGGACAUGGAGAGUACCCAAAUGGGGGGCACACUGAUGAACAAAAUAGGAUGCACAGUUCGGGGAAAAAAAAGGGGGGGAAUUCAAAUUUUAGAAAACAUUCAGAUGAUAGGAAUGACCAAGAGGAGGACUACGAGGGGGCAAAUCCAAAUGAACAGAACGGAAGCGGGUACCUGGAUGAUGAGAAUGGGGUUGGCGAAUGGGAUGACCAGAGUGACGAAUCUGAAGAGGAGCAAGAUAACGAAGAUAUGGAGGAUGAUGCGGAGGAUAAUGCGGAACAAAAUAAGCAUAACAAAUUAAAUGAAGCGGAAGAGGACUACUCAAGUGAGAAGGACAAUGAACACAGGAAGAUAGAACAACUGAGGAGGAGACAGAAUCUAUGGCUACUAGACCCAGAUGAUUUAAUCGACAAAUUUGAGUUGUGCUUUAAAUUGCAUGAGAAGUACAGGGAAGAAUUCGAAAGCUUAAAAACCUUUUUCGAAGAAAAUUCUCAAAAUAAAUCAAUCGAUUUGAACACCAAAGUGAUAUUUUGUAAGAUAGAAAUAUUCUGUAGGCGGCUGAAAAAGUUGGUGGAUUUGUUCCUAUGCAUAAAACAGUUUAACUCUCUCAGGAGGGUGAAGUUUGACAGCAUACAGAACAUAACUGCUUCGUUCAAUAAGUACAUUAAGGAGUUCAAAAUGAAGCACACGGAAGAUAUGCUAAAUUAUACGGAUAACUACUUCGAUAGGGAUUUUGUAGAAUUGCGGGUGUAUAUAUCUGAGCUGGAGAGCGACUUGCAAGACAGCAUCGUCAGCUUGUUGAACAAUAGCUCCAACAUUAUGCUCUCCUUUUUUAUCUUCUUCAAAUUUAAGGAGCAUUUUAUAAGAGAUUACUUGAUCCAUUUUUUGCACACAAAAUAUGAUAUACUGCUGUCUCAAUUUUUAGAAAUUUUAAAUGGCAUCAAUAACGAAUUGGAAAAUUACAAAAGUGGGUUAAACUCCAGUAAGAGCUUAAACUAUUUGAAAAACAUUUUUUGGAUCCUCAGCAUUAACUACAAGAUUAAUCAUAUCAUUCAGGUUUUUCUAGAUGAAAAUAAUUCGGCACUCGUCGAUAAGGAUGACCUCUCUUCCUAUUUCGAGUUGCCUCACUUGAAUAACGACUUGUCCGCGAUGAAGGGGAAGACCAAUUUGGAUAAGAGGAGAGAAGCGCAUCCCCUCGGGGGUGGCGCCGUCAAUGGGGCUCUACGCGGAGCGGAUGGCGAAAGUGGGGGGGGCCCCAAUGCGGACACUUUUUGCAGCAUAACUGAGCAAGUUGCGAAAUUGUUGGAAGACCACGAAAGGAAGAAGGCAACGGAGGAGGGGAAGAAGACCGACGGAUCGGCGCCCAACGGGAUAGCUGUGGAAAAUGCCAAAGGGGAAAGCAAAGACGGGGAAAGCAAAGAUAGGAAAAGCAAAGAUGGGAAAAGCAAAGAUGGGAAAAGCAAAGAUGGGAAAAGCAAAGAUGGGAAAAGCAAAGACGGGGAGGAAGAAACACAAAAGAAGUUCUCCUCCAGCGUAGCGCCCACUACGUGCACACCUGAGAGGGAGAAAAAAAAAAUAAAAAACGUCCUGUUUAAAAAUGCCAACGGGAAGGAGGUACUAAAAUUGUAUUUGAAAAUCUCCAAGUUCAUUGAAGAGUACAAACAUAAGCUAUUUAAGCACUGGCUGUGUUUUAUAAAAAGCGUGAACAGCCUAAACGUCACCGUGUUUGUGAAGCACCCGAAGACGAAGAAUGUGAUAGUCAAUUUUGACAACAGAAUAAAGCGAAUAAUCAGAGAGGCGAAGAUUUUCCUGUCUUUCAAAUUCGAAAUCCCAGAGGAAGUGAAAAAUAUGAUUUCGCAGGAGGCAAAAAUAUACAGCUUUUACUACAAACUUCAUAACAUACUCAUAUUGAUAAAAAAAAUGAAAAAUAACAAAAAAAAAGACAUCGAAUUUACGUUGAAGCGCUUCUUUAUUUACAUCGACCAACUGCUGCUCCCCUUUCUCGUCAAAUACACAUGGAGUAAUUACGCACUGGAAGAUUCGAUAGCCAAUUUGCACAAAGAGUUAACACAAUUUGAAGAGGCAAUUAACUCCCUGUAUGACAUUAUUGACGACCAUAUUAACUACAACACCAGGGUGAUCUAUCGAAUUCUGCAGCAUAAGAAUGAAAAACUAGCUAUCAAUAAGCAUAAGAAAAAAUUCCACAACAAAAUUGUCCUGUGCAAUUCGAUAUCGAAGAAAAUACAAAUCGCCAUUUUCGACCUGCUCAGCAACAUACAGUAUGUUUAUGAAGCUAAGCUGAAGACCGAAAUUACCAAAGAGGAAAUUUUGAACACGAGGAAGUUUUACUACGAUAUAUUUUUGUCUGUGCUGAAGAAAAUUUAUCUAAAGAAUAUUAGGAGCCUUAUUAAUACGUGGUCUAAUUUGGAGCAGGAAAACACGCAGAAUGAAGUCCGCAAGAUGAAUGAAAUUGAAAUUUUGCUCCUCGUUCACGAAAAUGACAUUGUGAUUAACCCUUCCAUUAGCAGCAUAAAGGAGAAUAUCAAAAAAAUCAUAAACGUUUCGAUUAACAAUUUGAUUUAUAUAGACAACUGGAUAAGUGGGGAUGAUUUGGUGAGGCAGUUUUUCCUCAACGAUCGGGGGGGAACCCAGAAAAGUGGUGUCUCCACGGGGAAGGAGCAGGACGGAGGAAGAGCGGAAAAGUCCUCCGCAAAGAAUAGUCACAAGGAGGAGCGGCCAGAGUGCAAGCAGAAGAGCAUAUUUGAGGAGCUGCUGGACUAUUCCUACUUUAGCAAGAAGAACGCAAAGGAGUCCUCCAAACAUGUCACGGAGGAGCUCAACAUGGAAAGCGAAAACUGCGUUCGGAAUUUGAAGCACGAUUUUGAUUUUUAUGAGAAGAUAAGGGAAGACAAAAAUAUAGAGAAGGAGCUGGUCAAGCUGAACGAAAAGCUGGGCGUGUUCCAAAGCAUCGUCGACGAGUUCAUCGGCAAAUUUGACAAGUACAAAUAUAUUAUUCGCGAUUUUGAGUCGGAGAAGCUGAGGGAGGCCUCAAAGGAUACGCACAGUGAGGAGCAGCCCGGCGCUGCGCCAGGUGGGGGAAAUAUCACAAACUUGGAGAUGGCGGAAGAUGGGAAGGAGAGCAAUUUGCUGCAUGUCGGCGCAAAAAAGGGGGGAAACGAAGCAGAGCUGACAAAUGCGAAAAGGCAGGGCGAGGAACAAAUCAACCAUGAGGAUGACACGGAGGGGGAGAGCUCCACCAGCGGAUCGGACACGGAAGGGGAAGGAGAUGAUGAAGAAGAUGGAGAAAAAAACGAAUUGCACAUACACCAAGAAGAAGAAAAGAUAAAAAAGUUCAUAAACAUAAAAAAGGAAAUCAACAACAUAGACAGCUUCUACUCCCUUAACGUGUUCAAGUUUAACCUGGAGAGCUUCAAAAUGUACUUGAUAAAUAUUAUCGAAAAUGAAGCUCUGAAGUGUGCAAAUAAAGUUAUUCAGCCGGUGAAGAGAAAAAGCGACAUGCUCAUAAAAAAAAUGAGUGAGUAUAAAACAAAGCUGAAGAAAAACAUUGUAGAUGUGGACUCACUCUACUACGUCAUCAACGUUAUAAAAAAAAUACACAUCUUCGAGUCAACCAUAGACAUUGCGCUAAAUCCUAUAAACCAAAUGGUAGACGUGCUGGAAUUUUACAUGAACAAUUUUCUGAAGAAGCAUGUCGAAUCGAUUAGAAAUUCCGGUCAUUAUGAUGAAGAAGAAAAUUAUCAGCAAAAAUUUAUUAGCAAUCUUGACAAGAGGAAAUCCUCCAGCGAGCUGUACGAAAUGGACGAGUCGUAUAAUAAGAACCUCCUACAAACGUUCAACAAGCUAAAUGGGAUGAAAAAGAAAUUCAUCUCCUUGUACAAAUCCGAGGUGGAGAAAAAAAAUGUCAUUUUGAACAAAUUCAACGAGCUGAUAUCGUUGACCAGAAAUGUAGAAGAAGAAAUACAAGAAAAAAAAAGUAUCAUGAAAAACGAGUUGAUGAAUAACAUUUAUAACUUUAAGGAAGACAUAAACACUUUUCGAGAGAAUUUCCUAAAAAUGAAUUUCAAAAGUGAACAUAUAAACCCGCUGAACGCAUUCGAGCUGUUGAAAAGAUACAAAGAAGAAAUCUCCAUGCUGAAAAAAAAAUACAAUAGCUACUAUAAGGGGGAGUCCAUAUUCGGCCUGAAGCACCAAGAGCACGGUGAUCUUUUCUUGAGCACAACGGAGAUUAAUAAUUUUUACUCCCUAUACGAUUUGUACGUGCAACUGAAGGAGAAGCUGAACGAAUGGAAAAACUGCAAGUGGAACGAGGGAAUUGUGAAAAUGAAGGAGCUGAAAAAUGAGAUUCUGUCUUUCGAGAAGAAGUGCUCCCAACUCCCCAAGAACUUAAAGAUGAUCGUGAUUUACAAAAACUUGGUGAAAGAAAUUUUUUACUUUAAGGAGAUCACGCCCAUCGUGGACGAGCUGGAGAAGAAGACCAUUUUGAAGCGCCACUGGGUGGAGAUUGUCGGCGUGCUGAAGGAGAAGAAGAAGGAGAGCGCGGCGAAGGAGAAGAAGGGGAAGAAGGCCAGCUGCGAGGAGAAGGGGGCGGUGGAAGCGGCUGCUACUGCGGUGAAAGCGGCUUCUACGGGGGUGGACACAGCUGCUACCGGGGUGGACGCCGCUUCUACCGAGGUUGCAGCCGGGGUCGAGGGGGAAUCCGCACCAGCCGCUGAACCCGCCGAGCAAUCCCCCCCGAAGGAAAAAACCCUGGAGGGGGGCAUGCUCAUCGAAAGCGCCUGCGUGGACGAGGAGGAAUACAUAGAGAAUUUAAAUAAGCUGGACCUAGAUAACAUGGACUUCUUCAUCAAAGAUAUUAUAAAUUACAAUUUGCUGCAAAAGAAGGAUGACAUUUUAGACAUAUGUGACAGCGCGGAGAAGGAGGCCAGCAUUGAGGAAAAGAUCAACGAGCAGUAUAAAAUAUGGAACGAAACGUGCUUCCAGUUUGGUAAAUGGAAAAACAGGGACUAUGCAUGCAUCCUGGUUGGAAGCAAAGUGACCGAAAUACAGGAGAGCUUAGAAGAAAGUCAAAUUUUACUAAACAAUAUCAAUUCGACUAAGUACAGCAAGCCGUUUAAGAGUAAGCUGCUACUGCUACUGAACAAACUAUCCGACUGCAGCGAUAUUGUGGAGAGGUGGAUCAAAGUGCAGAUGCUGUGGUGCUCCAUGGAGAGCGUCUUCACCAGUGGGGACAUCGCAAGGCAAAUGCCAAUCGAGUCUAAGCGGUUCCAUCAAAUUGACAAAGACUGGGUUAACAUAAUCAACAUUGCAAAUGAGUCCUCCAUUGUUAUAGAAUGCUGCCAAAGCAGUAUGCUAAAGGAGUUGUUGCCGAAUAUGCAGAAGGGGUUGGAGAGCUGCCAGAAGUCACUAGAAUCGUACUUGGAGGGGAAGAGGAGCAAAUUCCCCCGUUUUUACUUCGUCUCCAAUUUAGUGUUGCUAAAAAUACUAUCUCAAGGGUCCGACAUUAACAUAAUACAAUCCGAGUUGAUAAAACUCUUCGAUGCUAUAAACUACCUGACGAUAAAAACCAUACAGAAUAAGAAAAGAAUCAUUUGCAUAAAUAAUAAGGAGAAGGACGACAUCGAAACGGUGCAGCUAGUCAACCAUGUUACGAUAGAUGGGAAUAUAGAAAAUUGGCUCAUUCUGCUCGAAAAGGAGAUGCAGAAGGCGGUGAAAAAGGAGUGCAAGCUAGGGGUAGCCAGUUCGGCGCAGCUAUUCAAGACAGUCAAUUUAAAGGAAUUUUGCGACAAAAAUAUCGCACAGGUCGCUCUCAUAUGCCUGCAAGUCAUGUGGACAAAUGAUAUAGAAAAAUGCAUCCACAAGUACCAUUCGGAAAAGAACAUCUUAAAAGUGACCAACAAGAAAAUCAAUUACAUAAUGUCAGAGCUGGUGAACAUAUGCCUUUCGGAUUUGGGAACCAAGCUGAACAGAACUAAAUACGAAACGCUGGUUACCAUACAUGUGCAUCAGAGAGAUUUAUUCAACGAAAUUUCAACCAAGAUAAAGGAAUAUAAAAUUAAAACAUGCACCGAUUUUGACUGGCUGAAGCAGACGAGGAUUUACUACAAAGUAGAGAAGAAUGUCAUUCUGAUUAGCAUUUCGGAUGUCGAUUUUGUGUACUCUUAUGAAUAUUUAGGUAUUAAGGAAAGGCUGUGUAUAACUCCUCUAACGGAUAGGUGCUACUUAACUUGCGCCCAGGCACUAGGGCUAUGCUACGGUGGAGCUCCAGCAGGACCUGCGGGAACGGGCAAAACGGAAACGGUGAAGGAUUUGGGGAGGACUCUGGGCAUAUACGUCAUUGUGACGAACUGCUCAAAUCAGCAUAAGUAUAAAGAUAUGGCAAAAAUAUUUAAGGGCCUGUGUAGAAGUGGGUUGUGGGGGUGCUUUGACGAGUUUAACCGAAUCAACUUGGACGUGCUGUCCGUGGUGGCCAUGCAGAUCGAGUCCAUCGUGACGGCGAAGAAGCAAUCGUUAAAAUCGUUUCUCUUCCCAGGUGACUCCAAAUCGAUUAAUUUGAACCCGUCGUCCGCUUAUUUUAUCACCAUGAAUCCGGGGUAUGCUGGAAGGCAGCUCUUGCCAGAGAAUUUAAAAAUAUUCUUCCGGUUCAUUUCGAUGAUGGUGCCGGAUAGGCAAAUCAUCAUAAAGGUAAAGUUAGCCUCUGUAGGCUACCUAGAUAUAGACAAUUUGAGCAACAAAUUUAAGUCGCUUUACAAUUUGUGUGAAGAGCAGCUGUCCAAGCAGAAGCACUACGAUUUUGGGUUGAGGAACAUUUUAUCCGUCCUUCGUACCGCUGGAGAUACUAAGAGAGCCGCCGGGGCGAACGAAAACGAUGAAGAAAUGCUUCUAAUGAGAACCCUACGGGAUAUGAAUUUAUCAAAGCUAAUCUACGACGACGUGUUGCUAUUUCUGUCCCUACUGAAUGACGUUUUUCCAAAGUUCCACAACAUCACAAAGAAGAGCUACCAGCUGAUCGAAGAAAAUGUGAACCAAAUUAUUAAUAAGAAGAAGCUGUGCGCAAAGAGCAAGUGGAUUCUGAAAAUACUGCAGCUGUAUGAAACUUCGCUAGUUCGUCACGGGUUCAUGCUGGUAGGAAACACCCUCACGGGAAAGACAGAAAUAUUGAACAUCCUUACUGCUGCGCUAACUAAUAUAGGAACGGUGACAAAAAUUAUUACACUCAACCCGAAGGCUAUAACGUCCGAGCAUAUGUACGGUGUGAAGGACAAUUUGAGCGAAGAAUGGACUCCCGGAAUUUUCGCAAACAUAUGGGAGAAAUAUAAUAACAAUAAUUUGAAGUACAGCACUUGGAUUGUGUGCGACGGACCUGUGGACGCCAUUUGGAUCGAAAAUUUAAACACCGUCUUGGAUGAUAACAAAAUAUUAACGUUAGCUAAUAAUGAUAGAAUUCCUAUGACUGACAAUACGAAGAUUGCCUUCGAGGUGGAAAAUCUGAAUAAUGCUUCUCCAGCCACUGUUAGUAGGGCGGGUAUUGUCUACAUAUCGGAUAGCGAUUUGGGCUAUAAGCCAUUCAUCUACAGCUGGCUGCAAAAAUUGAAGGAUGUGCAUACCUACGGAGGUACUUUAUUCCCCAUUUUUAACAAGCUGUUUAUUUUUUACUUGGACAGAAUUCAAAUUUUAAAUUUCGUCAAGGAGAACUGCAAAUUCGUGAUGGAAGUCACCGACUCGAUUUUAAUUUCGCAGACCAUCCAUUUGUUGAAUACGCAGCUGAUUCAGUAUGUGAAUGCCAUUAAUAACUUUAUGUAUAAUGAGGAAGAUUUGAACAAAAUAUUCUUCUGCGAUUCUAGUGAGAAGAAGUUGCUGCACCAUAGUGAUAAGGUUGUGAAGAAGCACCACGUGGAGGCAUCCGAGGGGGGGGCUGCCCUCCAUGAGAAGACUGACGGUGGUGCUGGGUUGUCCUCCUCGGCUGUGAAGGGGAAAAAGGGGAAGGAAGCGGAAGCGGUGAAAGGGAAAGAUGCAAUACCUAUGAAUAGCGAUAAAAGUAAGAUCAGCACAAAAACCGGCGACGCAAGGGGGGGAAGCGCGCCGAGGGAGAACUCCAAGGGGCAGCUCCCAAAUGGCGCAGGUGCUAAGCAGGACUCGCCCGGGAAGGAAAAGAAAAGGGGGGAAGACGGCGGAAGGGGCGACGAGUCAAGAAGAAGUGGUCCAUCGGUGACUACCUCAGCCGCAGCCGUAGGAGGAGAAAACGACGCAAACGAGGGGGAGGAUGAGGAGGAAGAUGACAAGAUGGACACCCUGAACAAUUUCAGCUUAACCUCUGGAACCAAAUACGAACAGGUCAAAGCAGAAGAGUGCGAAGAGAUCAUGCUGUACGCCGUAGUGUGGGGACUGUGUGGUUUGUUGGAGCACAGAGACAGGCUGAAGGUGCACAACUUUUUGGUGAAAAACGUGCCAUUUGUUAAAGCCCUUCUGAGGGAAGGGGAAAAUUCGAACCAUGGCAGCAAAAACGUGGAUUCCAAAAUGGGGGGUGGCGAAAAGGUCACCCUGGGAAACGACAAAGAUGACGCGGAGGACGAAUUCGAAAAAGAAACAUGCCUCAUUUAUGACUACUACUUUGACAUGAAGUUGAGAAAGUUGACCAAGUGGAAUGUAGCCCCCUUUAAAAUGCCAAAGAAUAUGAAAUCCAUUUCGUCCAUAUUGAUACCAACCAUGGAAACGAACAAAGUGGAGCAUAUAAUAAAGUUAAUUUCUAAUAUACCUAUUAAAUGCCACAAUUUUCAUACAUACAAAAGCACACUGCUGCUGGGUUCUACCGGUUCGGCGAAGACGUCCAUAGCGUUGCUGUAUACAUCUAAGCAGGACAAAAAUACAAAGAGGUUCAAUUUCUCAAGUGUCACGACUCCGGAGAAGUUCCAGCUAUUUAUCGAGUCAGAACUGGAGAGGAAAAGUGGAAAGACAUAUGGGCCAAUUGGAAACACAAAAUCGAUUAUCUUCAUAGACGAUAUGUCUAUGCCUAAGAUUAACGAAUGGGGAGACCAGAGCACCCUGGAGCUGCUGAGACAGCUGAUCGAAUUUCAGGGGUUCUACUUUUUAGAUAAAGACAAAAGGGGAAACUUCAAAAAAAUAAUUGACUUGGAAUACAUAGGGUGCAUUAACCACCCGGGCUGUGGAAACAACGACAUCCCAAAAAGGUUGAAGUCCAAGUGGUUCAAUGUGAAUAUUCCUCCGUACAAUUUGAACUCGAUAAACACAAUUUACGGCACUGUGCUGAGAACGAAAUUUAACAAGAAGAGGAAUUUCUCGGACGAGAUUGUAGAUAGUAUAGACAAGAUAAUCCUGUGCACCAUUAACCUGUUUGGCAGAUUGAAAAAGCACCUUCUGCCAGUUCCCUCUCGUUUUCACUACUUAUACACAACGAGAGAUUUGGCCAAAAUAUUUUACUCCAUGUUACUGUGCCCCUUUGAAACUAUAGAGAACAACCUGCACAACUUCCUAUCCUUGUGGAAGCACGAGUGUGAGAGGGUCCUAAUUGAUAAGCUCUCCCGAAUGGAAGAUAAAAAUUUCUCUCUAGAGCAAUUGAAGCAGGUCUUUAAGCUGUACUACCCGGAUAACAAGGACAUAGCGGAGAAGAGCAUACACUUUAGCUACUUCUACGUGUCAGAAAAGGAGCAAACUGAGUACAUGAUCGAAAAUGACCUUAUCGAAACGGUGGACCAGGCGAAAAAGAGCAAAGGGGAGAGUCCACUUAAAGGUGCAACCAACUCGAAUGGUAGCGCCACCGGGGCUGCUGCCAAAGGGGGGGUAAGCAACAGCCCAGCGAGGUACUUAAAUAAGGAAAAUCUAAAAGAUGGUCAGAGUAACAACUUAAACGUGGCAGAAAUGGAUAAGAUGCAAAGGGGAAGCCCCUCAGUAUCUGCAAAGAAUAACCCCAUUGUAGAGCUCGGAACGGCGGAGAAUGGGGAGGAAGAAAAUCUCAACAACUUUUCCUUCUCUUGGAUGAAAAAAGACUACAAAAUUGUUGCAGACUUUGAAAGGCUAAGAUAUAUUGCCUACGAAUAUAUGAAGGAGUACAAUAUGAACAAUGUGAAAAAGCUAGACUUGGUCUUUUUUGACGACUCGCUAAAACAUUUGCUUAUCAUUAACCGAGUUAUGGAAACGCCCAAGGGGUCGAGCAUGCUGGUGGGGGUCGGGGGGUCUGGCAAAAGGUCGCUAACCAAGCUUAGCGUUUUCAUCAGCGAACAAGUGCUCUUUCAGUUAAAUAUCACCAAGACGUAUACGAAAAAUUUAUUUUUUGAGGACCUAAAAAGUUUGUACAUAUCUGCGGGGCAAAUGAACAAGAAGACGACAUUCCUGUUAAGCGAUAGUGAUAUUGAGAAGAACGAUUUCAUACUGGAGCAUGUGAAUUCGAUUCUGUCCACUGGGCUGGUAUACGGACUAUUCAUUAAGGACGAAAAGGAGGCCAUCUGCGCCGAAAUGAAGGAAUCCUACUUGAAAGAAAUGAACAAACUGAACCAGUCCUCAAAAAUGAGAGGUGCGGGGGGAAAGAAAAAAAAUAAAAAGAAUGACUACAAUAUGGAUGACAUGGAUAUGGAGAACGACUCCAAAGAUUCACAAAUGAGAAGUGACACAUCAUCGUUGAGCAGUGCCGAUAAUGACAGUGAUUACAUGAGCAAUGAGAAAGAAACUAGGAAAAAAAAAGACGAAAAAGUAAUAAACGAUUUUAACGUAUCGUCAAAUGUCAUUUUUGAUUAUUUGUUAGACAAUUUUAGAAACAAUCUCCACAUCUUUUUGUGCUUCUCUCCUAUCCAUAAGGAGUUCGCCUUACGGUACCAGCAAUUUCCGUGCAUAUACAAUUGCGUCACCAUAAAUUGGUUCUUAAAAUGGCCUCUUGAAGCCCUUGUAAACGUGUCCACAGCGUACCUCAACAAUUUCAGCAUCGACAUUGAGGAGAAACUGAGAGACGACUUUUUCAACCUGUUUGCCAUUGUCCAUAAGAAAGUAUCCGAUACAUGUGAAACGUAUAGAGAGAGAAUGAGGAGAAAUACGUAUGUGACCCCCAAGUCGUAUCUAUCCUUCAUAGAUUUGUACAAACAAAUGUACGUGAAAAAGUAUGAAGAAAUUAAAUUUUUGAAAGAAAGUGUAGAUAUAGGGUUAAAAAAACUGAACGAGGCAGCCAUGGAUGUUCAGAAAAUGAGAGAAAGUCUCACAACUGAGGAGGAAAAAUUAAAAGAGUCUGAUGAGCAAACCAAUGUGCUUUUAGAAAAGGUAAAAAAGGAAUCCCUAAAGGCGGAAAAGCAAAGCAUCGAAGUGUCCAAAUUUAGAGACAAGUGCAUUAAGGAAAAGGACAUCAUUUUGAAGGAACAAGAGGAGGCAGAUAAGGACCUCAAAGCAGCCCUGCCAUAUUUGCACGAAGCGGAGGAAGCCAUCAAAAGUAUCACUGCCAAGGAUAUAACCGAACUGAAGAGUAUGAAGACACCAUCUGAUAUCAUUCGCAUCGUUUUUGAUGGGGUGUUAAUCCUUCUGCAGGGGAAGUUAAAGGAACCCAAAAUUAGCGUAAAGUAUGUAAAUAAACAACAUGUGGAGUUUAUCCAAGACUCUUUUGACGAAUAUGCCAAGCCGCUAAUGGCUGACAUUCGAUUUUUAAAUCUUCUGUUCGAUUUUUCGAAAAAUGAAAAGGAUAACAUUAAUGAGGAAACUAUUGAGUUGUUAAAACCGUACAUUGAGUCGUCUUUUUUUAAGACGCAAAUUGCGAAGAAGGCUUCCGUUGCCGCGGAGGGACUCUGCAAAUGGGUCGGCGCCAUGGCCAUGUAUAACCAGGCAUCCAAAAUUGUGAAGCCGAAGAUGAGCUACUUGAAGAUACAAACAGGGAGACUGGAAGAUGCCCUAAAACAGCUAGCGGAAGCGGAAGACUCGCUGCUAAAAGCGCAACUAUUUGUUGACAACCUCAAUUUAGAUAUUGAAAAUAUGUUUAAGAAGAAAAAGACCCUCGAAGAAACAGCUUUAAAAACGAAACAAAGAAUUGAACAAGCCAACAAAUUAAUUAACGGCUUGGGGAGCGAAAAGGCCAGGUGGACAGAAGAUUCUAACAACUUUUCCAACAUCAAAAAGAAAAUCGUAGGAGAUGUUUUUAUCUGCUCCUCCUUCAUUUCGUACUGCGGCAUGUUCAACACAGAGUUUAGAAAUUAUCUGAUGAAUGAAGUUUUCUAUCACUACACGAAAAAUAUAAAAAACAUCCCCGUGUCGGAUAACAUCGAUGUGAUAAAGUAUGUCCUCUCGUCAGCUGACACCAAAAUUUGUGACUGGAGUGUUCAGAAGCUGCCUAAUGAUAAGCUUAGCAUUGAGAAUGCCCUGAUUAGCGAAAACAGCAACAAGUACGUUCUGCUCAUCGAUCCUCAGUGCCAAGCCAGCAACUGGAUAAAGAACAAAGAAUUUCAAAACGAUUUAUCCAAUCAUAGAUGUAUUACCACAUUUAGCAGUAGCAAGUUUAAGGACAAUUUGGAAUUCUGUCUUAGCGAGGGGAAAACUUUACUUAUAGAAAAUGUUGAAGAGUAUAUCGACCCUAUAUUGGACUCCGUUUUGGAGAAGCAAAUCAUAAAAAAGGGGAAAAAAAAUUACAUACUAAUUGAGAACAAUUUAAUCAAUUUUGACGAAAACUUUAACCUUUUUAUGACUACCAAUUUGCCUAACCCGAAUUAUAGCCCCGAAAUUUAUGCCAAAUGUUGCGUUAUUGACUUUACGGUUACUGUUAAGGGGUUGGAAGACCAGCUGUUGGGCAGAGUUCUAACUGAAGAGCAAAAACAUUUGGAAGUGUCCCUAAAAAAUAUUAUGAUAGAACUUAAGGAUAACACCAAAUCGUUGCAGGACCUUGACAAGCAGCUGCUAUACAAGCUGAACACGAGUAGCUCUAAUCUGAUAGAAGACGAGGAAUUGAUAGAAGUUCUGAACAAUACCAAGUUGCUGUCCAAAGAGCUAGAAACGAAGUUAAAGGAUAGUAAUGAGAAGAAAAAAGAAAUUAAUGAGAAGAGAGAGCAAUACCGGAGUGUGGCAUUGCGGGGAAGUAUCCUCUACUUCUGCAUCGUCGAUAUUACCAAUGUGAAUUAUAUAUAUAACACAUCUUUGCAUCAAUUUUUGGAGCAGUUUGAUUUAUCUAUAAAGAGAGCGGAGAAGGGACAGCACAUUAAGAAAAGAGUUGAGUCCAUCCUUUCUACGCUAACCAAUCUGAUAAUUUGCUACAUGGAAAGGUGUCUAUUCGAUCAGCAUAAAAUUAUCUUCAAAUUGUUGAUAUCUUUGAAGAUUCUCCUCUACGAUAAUGUCAUUAGUAAUAAGGACAUCAGUUUUUUUCUGAACCCCCUCUCGCAUUACAGCCCUUCGAACGAUAUCAGUGGCGAACUACUCAGUAGUAAUUUGCUCGGCGAAAACGCGGAUGCCGCGAAGGGAAAAAAGAAGGAGAACGCCGCGGGUGGCGGCAUGGACGGAGCGGGGGACGUUUAUCUGAGUUCAGGCGACAAGGGAAGAGGAGGCGAAAAUGCCAAAGGUGAUAAAAGCGCGGGUGAAAGCGGAAGCGGCGGUGCAGUAGCGGGUGCUAGCAGUGGUAGCGGCAGCGGAAGCGGCGCGGGUGUUCCCAGCACAGACAGCACUGCGAGUAAGAACAAAGUGGAGGCUCCCAGGAGGGGGGGGAAAAACAAAGUAAGCUCCACCAAGUGGCUGCUGAAGAACGAAAAAUUAUACAAAAAUAUUAUUUCUCUAUCGAACCACUCCUUUGGUAAUGACAAAAACAACCGCUUCUUCUACGACAUCGUGAAUGUAGUGCAGCUGAACGAAAACGUGUGGAAGAAUUACUAUGACGUGCUGGACAUAGAAAAUAAAAAUAUUCCAUACUAUAACGAAAGGCUAGAUGUGAAUAGCAAAAUAAGCUCAUUUAUCAAGCUGUGCCUUAUUCGCUGCCUGAGGGAGGACAGGACCAUUCUGUGUGCAAAUAAAUUUGUGGACGAAGUGCUAAACAGAAAUAGUGACACGAUAAAACAUGAGACUCUGGAAAAUAUAUUCGUCGAAUCGAGUUGUAGGAAGCCCUUUUUAUUUUUGCUAUCCUUGGCUAGCGACCCCACCAACAUGAUAGACGAUUUCGCGAAGAAGUUUAAGAAAUACCCUACGGACAAAAUUUCCAUGGGAGAAGGGCAAGAAAUAAUCGCAAAGGAAAAGCUAAAAAAUGCGCUCAUCAGUGGGAACUGGCUGAUUUUACAAAAUUGCCAUUUAAAUAAAAAUUUCAUAAUCGAAGUUUACAAUAUGCUGAAAAAGUUGAACGAAAUUGAGGAAGACUUCCGACUAUUUCUGACGUCCGAGCCAGAUGACGAAUUUCCUAUUUGCAUUCUGCACGGAAGUAUUAAAAUAUCCACAUCGCUGAGUAGCGGCAUAAAAAAUAACAUGAGGAAAAUAUAUAAAGAUAUGGUGAAGGAAGAUAUAUUGGAAAAAAUAGACGAUGAAAAGUAUAGGAAAAUUAUAUACUCCCUAUCGUACCUGCACUGCGUUUUAUGCGAAAGGAAGAAGUUUGGGCCUUUGGGAUGGUGUGUCCCGUACGAAUUUAGCAUCACCGAUUUGUUCGCUUCCUUCCUGUUUAUUGAGAAGCACCUCUAUUCCACUCUGCUAGUGAACCGACCCAUCGACUGGGAGUCCAUUCAUUACAUGUUGGCAGAGGUGCAGUACGGAGGGAAGGUAACAGACGACUUGGACAGGGAAUUACUCCUAACGUACGUGCAACAUUAUUUUAAUGAAGACCUGUUCAAAAUGAAAAAUGAAACUGGUUUGGAAAAUUUUUACAAUAUGCCCAAAUUUUACGAAAUUACAAACUUCCAGAAUUUUAUCGAGAAGCUGCCAAAUAUUGACACCCCCUCUGUGCUGGACCUCCACAACAACGCAGAAAUAACGUACCGUGUGAAUGAGUCAAGGCAGGUGUUAAACUCCAUUUUGGAAAUCCAGCCGAGGGAUGUAGACCAAGGGGAGGAGAAGAGCAUGGAAACGGUGGUGAAGGAAAUCGCCGCGGGUAUUUUGCUAAUCCUACCAGCGGAAAUAAACUUGGAAGAAAUAAAAAAAAUUAUUUACAAAAAGAAUAAGAAUCAACAGCUAACCGUUCAGACGAACCAACCCAUGAGCGCGACAACCAACUUGAAUGCAACUACUAAAAAUUUCUUAAAUUUGGAGGGCACCUCUCAUAAGGGGAAAAACAAGGAAAAUUCAGAUAUGAGCGAAAAUACGCUACAAAGAAGUGCAUUGGUGAAUAACCCUCUCAGUCAUACAGCUAAUGCUGCUAAAUACGCCGCCCCACCGUCUGACAAUAGAAAUAAGAACGCCCUUUGGAUAGCGAAGGAGAAUGAUGUGUACGAUAGUUUGGGAGUGUCCUACUGGGAAAGUAACAAUGAAGGGGAAAAAAAUGUGCAAUAUAAUUUUUCCCCAUUACAAGUUUUCUUCUUACAAGAAAUUGAAAGAAUUAAGAAAGUCAUCGAUUUGGUAAAAACAAAUUUAAAUGACAUCAUCAGUGCAAUCGAUGGCUCCAAAAUAAUGACAGCUGAUUUGCAAAAUGAUACGAAAUAUAUUUACUCCCAGUCGGUACCAAAAAAGUGGAUUUACGACGCUAGUGAAACGGAAAUUUCUUGGGUCUGUCACAACCUAAAUCAGUGGUUAAACAUUCUCAAUUUACGAUAUGAACAAAUUAUGAAUUAUAUACAUAAUGGGAAGCUGAAGUCUUAUUGGCUACCUGGUUUUUUUAACCCUCAAGGGUUUUUAACCAGUAUGAAGCAAGAAAUUACUCGUUUAAAUAAGAAGGACCAGAUUUCGCUAGACGAAGUGGUGCUAUAUGCUGAUAUUAAAAAUCACGAUAUUGAAAAGAUUAAGGAAGUCCCUGAGCACGGCUUUCACAUUCAUGGCUUAUUCAUUGAAGGGUCCAAGUGGAACUGGCAAGAGGGAAAGCUGGAGGAGAGUUCCCCCAAGGUGCUAUGCGAGAACAUGCCAGUUAUUCACAUCACCGUUGUGUCCAACAAGGAUAAGAAGGUGAAGUUUAUCGAAAACAACAAGCAUAUGUUUUAUAACUGCCCUGUGUAUAAGUACAACGUGCGCACGGACAAGUACUUCAUUUUCCGAAUCCACUUGAAGACCGACGUGGACCCGUCCAUAUGGAAGUUGCGCGGCACGUCUCUGCUCUGUUCGAAGGACUAG